UCGUUUCCAAGAACGCCACGCAGUACCGCGGCAGCUCACAGCACGACGCCCAGGAGUUCCUGCUCUGGCUGCUGGACCGCGUCCACGAGGACCUGCACAACAGCAUGAAGAACAACGGCCGGCCCUUGCUGAAGCCGCCGCUGGAGGAGGAUGUCUUGCUCGAUGGGUCGGCGUUUUCGAUAAACAGCACUUUUGUCCAGGAGCUCUUUCAGGCCCAGUACAGGUCCUCCCUGACGUGUCCUCAUUGCCAGAAGCAGAGCAACACCUUUGAUCCGUUCCUGUGCAUCUCGCUGCCGAUCCCCCUGCCUCACACACGGCCGCUGUACGUCACGGUGGUGUACCGAGGGAAGUGCUCGCACUGCAUGCGCAUUGGGGUGGCCGUGCCUCUGUCGGGAACCGUGGCCAGGCUGAGAGAGGCCGUGGCCCGGGAAACAAAAAUUCCUACAAAACAGAUUGUGCUCACAGAGAUGUACUAUGACGGGUUCCACCGCUCUUUCUCUGACUUGGAUGACCUCGACACAGUGCAAGAGAGUGACUCCAUCUUUGCCUUCGAGACGCCGGACGUCUUCUGGCCUGAGGGGAGCUUGAGCCAGCGGGGGGUCCUGGCAAAUGCUAAUCUGAAUCAGUUGAAGUAUGGGGUCGACCCCCACAGGGCGCCUCCUCACCCCCCGGGGAGGCUGGAGAGCGCCACCUGCAGGGCAGCGGCAGGAGCGGGCGACAAGAUCGUGGUGCUGGUGUGCAACCGAGCCUGCACGGGGCAGCAGGGCAAGAGACUUGGCCACCCUUUCGUGUUGCACUUAGAGAAGGCAAUUCCUUGGGACCUGCUGCAGAAGGAGAUCUUGGAGAAGAUGAAAUGUUUUCUGCGACCCACGGCCUGUGUUCAGGUUUGCCCAUUCAGCCUGCGAGUAGUCAGUGCGGUGGGAAUAACGUACCUGUUACCUCAAGAGGAGCGGCCCCUCUGCCACUUGAUGGUGGAACGAGCCCUGAAGUCAUGUGGCCAAGGCGGGACCCCUCAUGUGAAGCUGGUCGUCGAGUGGGACAAGGAAACCAGGGAGUACCUGUUCAUCAGCGCAGAGGACGAGUACGUCCCGGACGCCGAGAGCGUCCGCCAGCAGAGGGAGCUGCACCACCAGCCUCAGUCCUGCACCCUCUCACAGUGCUUCCAGCUGUACACCAAGGAGGAGCAGCUGGCCCCGGACGACGCCUGGCGCUGCCCCCACUGCAAGCAGCUGCAGCAAGGAAGCAUCACACUCGGCCUCUGGACCUUGCCUGAUGUCCUCAUCAUCCACCUGAAGCGUUUCCGGCAGGAGGGAGACAGGAGGACAAAGCUGCAGAACAUGGUCCGCUUCCCGCUGAUGGGGCUGGACAUGACACCACAUGUCGUCAAGCGCAGCCAGAGCAGCUGGAGCCUGCCAUCGCACUGGUCCCCGUGGAGGCGCCCCUACGGCCUGGGGAGGGGCCCGGAGGACUUCAUCUACGACCUGUACGCCGUGUGCAACCACCACGGCACCAUGCAGGGCGGGCACUACACAGCCUACUGCAAGAACUCCGUCGACGGCCUCUGGUACUGCUUCGACGACAGUGACGUGCAGCAGCUGCCGGAAAACGAAGUGUGCAAGCAGACGGCGUACAUCCUCUUCUAUCAGAGGCGGACAGCCAUCCCUGCCUGGUCAGCGAACAGCUCUGUGGCAGGUUCCACGAGCUCCUCCCUCGGGGAGCACUGGGUGAGUCGGCUGCCGGGCAGCAGGCAGCCCAGCAUCGCCUCUGCGGCCUCCUCCAGGCGCACGUCACUGGCUUCUCUCUCAGAAUCGGUGGAGCUGAUGGGCGAAAGGAGCGAGGAUGACGGAGGUUUUUCCACCCGGCCCUUCGUGAGGAGCGUCCAGCGGCAGAGCCUGUCCUCGCGAUCCCCGGUGACCAGCCCAUUGGCCGUGGGCGAGAAUGGGAUGCGCCCCUCGUGGUCGCUGUCGGCCAAGCUGCAGAUCCGCUCGGGCUCGCCGUCUCGCUUUUCUGGGGACACGCCACCUUUCGGCUCAGCCGUGGCGUUGGAGCGGGUUGGGGGGCCAACCACUGGCAAGGGCUCCGCCUCCUGCUUUGGUGGCUUGAAUGGGCCUCCUGGGAGCACCCUGGAACCCGGGGUCAGCCGCCACCGCCACCAGGAGCCCCUGGCCACGGGCAGGGCUCCGCUGGCCACCAUGGAGGGAGCCUUCAGGGAUGAGAUGCUGGAGCAGAAAUCCAGCUCAUGCGCAGACUCCUGUGCCCAAACCAGCGGGCCGGCCGGCAGGAAGGGCCCCGCUUUGGACCCGUUUGACAACAACAAUCUCAUUGCUUUCGUCGAUCAGAGCGACUCGGUGGAGAGCUCCCCUGUCAAGGAAGGGGGCAGCUUUGGUGGGGCAGUGGUGCCCCCAGCAAAGGGGGGCAGCUCCCCACAGAAGGCCCUCCCCCCCGAGGACACCACCCAGACGGACAGAAGCCAGAGGAAGGGGAGGGCCCUCCUGUCUAGCCAGGAUUCACCGACAUCCCACCCUUCUGCGUCCUCGCCCCCUCCUCCUAAGAGCUUGCCAAAGGGGUCCCGAACCCAGAACAAGCAGGAUUCCGGCCGGCCAGGCAGGCGGCAUGGCUCCCCCGCCUCCGGGCAGCCCCGGAAAGGGGCCGGCCUGAAGGCACUGGACGCGGCUGGCGCCCUCCCUGCCCAGCAGAAGCAGCGGCCCGUCUCCGCCGCCGCUUCGUCCACUGCAGCAAGAAGAGACUCCUUGGGGUCCACCGCACGGGGGCAAGUUCCUGCGGCCGGCAAGAUGAGAACAGCCGACCGCGGCCUCAGCAGGGAGGGCUCCAAGCUGAGCCUGGGCUCUGACAAGGCGGGCCCUGGCUCUGGCUCUGGCUCGCGGACAAGCUCCCCGCGGCUGAGCCAGUCGCGGGGGGAGGGCAGGGCGCCGGAGGGCUCGCACGUGCGCAGCUCCUCCAUGGCCAGCCUCCGGUCGCCCCCCACGGGCCCCCGCUCCAGCCUGAAGCGGGACAGCAAGUCUGACGACAAAGGGCUCUCUUUCUUCAAGUCCGCCCUGCGCCAGAAGGAGACACGGCGGUCGGCCGACCUGGGCAAGACCACCCUGCUGUCCAAGAAGAUGGGGGGCAGCUCCUGCAAGGCAGCCGGCAAAAGCACGUCCCCGGAGAAGGGGGGCAGGAGUGGCACGCAGCUGCCCCCGGGCACCGGCCCUGCCGCGAAGGAGGCCGCCUCUCCCGCGAAGCACUCUCUGCUUGCGCACCGCAAGUCCCAGUCUUCCCAGCCGGAAGCCAGUCCCCAGGCGGCUGGCAGCGGCAGGCCGGGGGCCGGCAAGGCCCCGCGCCAGCUCCCCCCUGGCACACCCUCCUCCGCACGCGCCGCCUCCAAAUCCCAGUGAGCCGCUGCAGCCGGCCAAGCCGCGCCCCCGCCCCGCUUCUGGGCCAUGUGCCUGGCGCGCUUGAGGAACGCCGCUGCCCUUCGGGCGCCUGAACUCUGCCGUCAACCGAGUACCGGCAGGCUGCGGCAGUGGCGGCAGGCCGCUGGGUGGGCUGGGGGCCGCCAGAGGGCCUGCCUGCUCGCCCGCUGCCGCUCCCCAGCAGAGUCGCAGCCGUGCGGGAGCCUCGUUGGGGUGGGGCCGCUGCUCCUGGAGGGAACGACCCCGGAAGGCUGGUGUGCUGGCGUGCUGCAUCCAUGCCCCUGCUCGCCUUCCCUCUGCCUCGAGCAGCCCGGCUCCAUGAGCUGCAGAAGAGCUGCAGAGAGGUCCCCCGCCCCCCGCCCCAUCCCAGGCUUCUUAAAGGGCAAUAUCGCAACAUUAGUGUUGUUGUCUCUCAGGUAAAUGCUCGGCCGGUGUGGAGGAAACCGAGGGCUCUGGGAAGGGCCGCCCGUGCUCGCAGGGGCCAUGUGCGUGUCGCUCCUCCGUUCCAGCGGACUGCUUGUUUGUGUGCUUUGAAUGCCUGUCCCGCCUGGUUGCGUGUUCAUGCCAUAUUUUCCCUGCCCUUUGGGGUCCCUGGCCAAGAGCAGGGGGGCGGUCAGCAGCUGACGAGUCUGGAGAACUGGAGGGUGUCAUUCUGCCCGGGAAAGGGCGGGUGGGCAGCCGGGGCAUUUUCCGCUCCGCGUGGGAGAAGGAUGCCUGCCUGCCACGCAAGUGCACACGCCCCACUCUCCGCUGCGGGCCGCACCCCUGUUGCCAGGUUCCUUGCUGGGGGAGCGAGCCUCUGACCUUGGGGGGGGGGGGCUUGCUUGGUUCUGCUCUGUUGCGUGGGGCCUUCGCUCUCCUCAUCCUCACCCCCUUGCAGUGUUCCUGGCCGCUCGGCUGCCUCUGCCACGGCUCCGGUUGAGCCCCGCGAUGGCUCUCCUGCCCCGCUGCGCCCCUCGCCAUUUCUGCUGCCCCGGAGUCCCCUGAGCAGUUGGGCCUUACAGCAGCCCCUGCUCGUUGCCUUGCGGGCCUGCUGCCUCCGCGGCCCCCCUUCUCCUUUGCCUUGCUGCCACCGGAACGGGGGUGUGUCCCGGCAUCUCCGGCAAGCAGCUGCUUUGUCGUUCCAACUCUGAGCAGCAAGCGCGCUCCUUCCCUAGGCCAUGUUCCCAGGCGGAUGCAGGAGGACCACAUUUCUCUCAGUGUCCCCGCUUUAGCAUGUUUGGCAGUGGUGGCUCAGCCUCCCGCGUGGCCUGCGGCCUCUCGGCACACCGCCCUGAGCCCGCGACCAGCACCUGCUGGCUCAGCUGGAGCCACGCAGCCACGCAGCCCCUGCGGCCAAGGUACCCAUGUGUGCUCCUCCAAGCCCGUGAAGCAGGGAUGCAUUUUCCUCUGCUGAUCCCUGCAUGGCGUGGAAGGUGCCGCCAGCCCCUCUGUGCUGCUCGCAGGCUGCCUGCUGUAGAAGAACAUUGCUUUUCCUGCAACAAAAACGAGGCGUUUUCAUGUGCCCACCCCACAUGCAGCUCUUGAAACGGUGAGGACCAAAGGCGCUCUGCCCAGGGGAGGAACAGCCCGUUUUCUGGAAGCUGAGAGAGGUGUUUCUGCUGAGUGAAAGAAGAGUUUGGAUACAAGGCCUUGGAUGAUUAAAAGUGGAAAAUGUAAUAAAGUACAAUACAUUUAUUACAAGG